AUGGCAGACACACCGUCGGGUCCACCAUCCGGCUCCUCGACUCCGACCAAUGCGCGCUUCACAUCCCAAGGCCACACCACCGAGGAUGCGCUGAAGGAACAGACAUAUGGUCUCGUGCAUUUGUCCGACUUUCGCAAGAGACGCGCAGAAGCACGUGAGCUCUCCGGAGGCAUUACACCUGCGACGAGCGGUGCAGCGACCCCAGAUGGACGUGAGCCAGUCGACAAGCCCGCAUUCAAGAAGAGGAAGAAAGGGGUAAAGAAAGGAGGUUUAUCAUUCGGCGACGAAGAGGAAGAAGACCAAGAGAUUCCCAAGACCACAGCUACAGCGACAUCAGCCGCGACUACAACAGACCCGACGCAAGAUGGCGACGAACCCGCAGACAGCACGACCGUGUUGAAGAAACGCCUCAAGCCAAAUGGCAGCCUCGCCUUUGCGCCCAAAGCCGUGACAAAGUCUGCCUUGCAGCGCGAGAAUGUCCUGAAGGAGGCACUGCGAAAGGAGUACGUCAUUAACCAAGAAGCCGUCAAGCAGACCGAGUUCCUGCUUCCCUUCACCUUCUUCGAUGGGAAAUCCUCACCAGGUGGAGUGUGUCGGAUGAAGAAAGGCGACCAGAUCUGGCUGUUCUUGGAGAGGGCGAGGAAAGUGGGCGCAGAUAUGUACACCGAGAAAGGAGAUCGGAGUAAGAAGGAUUGGGCGAGGAUAAGUGUGGAUGACUUGAUGGUUGUAAGAGGUGAUAUUAUCGUGCCUCCUCACCAAGAUUUUCAUUACUUCAUCCUCAACAAGACGGUCGGCUACGACAAAAAUCCUCUAUUCGCCUACUCCUCCGAGCCCACCGCCACUACACCAAAAGAGCUUCUACCGACUUCGAAAGCAGCCUCGACGCCAACCACACCACAAGCAGAAACUCCACCUGCUGAUCUUCCUACCCAUCUUUCCACUGCCGCCACUCGUAAGGCUGCUGCUGCACUGAUCACGCCGGAUGCCGAACUCGAAGGAUAUCAACAUGAUCCGUCCGCCACCAAAGUCGUCGAUCGAAGAUGGUAUGAACGCAAUAAGCACAUCUAUCCUGCCAGUCUGUGGGAGGACUUUGAUGCGACCCGAGAUUAUGCCUCCGGUGUGAGAAAGGAUGCUGAAGGAAACGCGCUGUUCUAUUCGCGCCGGUGA